AUGACCCGCCUCCCAGACGACAAUCGUGUCGACACUACUACACUAUUCAAGGCCAAAUUUCGGAAAGGCGACUACCACACCCUCAAUCUGUACUAUAUGCGCGAAAAGCCAAAUUAUAGUGUCUACACGUUUCCAAGAAUGGCGGCAGCAGUCAAUCGCAACACCUACAGGUUCCUUCUCGAUGGCUGCAUAAUAGGCUCGAAUACGACUCCAGGCAGCAGUGACUAUUCUUCAGACGAUUAUCGGUCAGAGUUUACUCCGGGCCAAAUUGAUCGGAUAAAGUCUAUUUAG